AUGGGGGAGGAGACGCGCUGCCCCCCGCCCGAGCCGCGGGGGGGGCCCCCCGUGCCUUGUCCCUUCCCCGCGCCCCCCAAGGAGCCCCCCCCGGGCCGCCCCCCCGCGCUGGACCCCGAGCUCUUCUUCACGGCCCCCUCGACGCCGGUGCGGGCGGGGGGGGCGCGGCCGCCGCCCCCCGAGGAGCCGACGGACGGGGACAGCGAGGGGCUCUGCUCGCCCCCCACGUCCCCCUCGGGCUCCUACAUGACGGCCGAGGGCGGCAGCUGGGGCUCCUCGGGCACCGCCAGCACCUCCCCGUCCUGCUCCCCCAACCUGGCGGCCGAGGCCGAAGGCCUGGGUGAGGGUGAGGGCGAGGCCGAAGGGCUGGGGGGGGUCCUGGGGCUGCCCCCCGGCCUGGGGGACCCCCCGGCCUUCCCCCCGCUGUCCCCCGAGGAGGAGGAUGACGACGAUGAUGAUGACGAGGACGGCCUCUUCGCCCCGCCGGGCUGUGCGGAUGACGAGGAUGAGGAUGAUGAUGAUGAGGACGGGCAGACGCCGGAGGAGGAUGAGGAUGAGGACGAGGACGAGGGCUCGGGGCUGAUCCCGGCAGCGCUGCUCCCGUUCCGCGGCAGCCUCCUCUUCCAGGCCGAGGCCGUGGAGAUCUCGCCCCGGGCCGCCCCCGAGGAGGAGGAGGAGGAGGAUGAAGGCAGCACCUCGGCGUCCUUCCUGCGCUCGCUGUCCGAGAGCUCCAUCCCCGAGGGGGGGGACGAGGCCUUCGCCUUCCGCGACGACACCGACGCCUCCUCGGACUCGGCCGCCUACGACGGGGACGAGGACGAGCGGCUCUACGGCAGCGAGCGGCACGCGGGGGACACGGCGACACCCCCGGGGACCCCCCCCGCCUCCCCCGCGCCUGCCGGUGUGGAGCUGCACCUCCGGGCCGGGUCCCCGUGUCACCCCCCUGCUCCCGGACCCCUGGGGACACCCCCGGCACCCCCCGGAGGGGACGCGGAGCUGGACGGCGACGCCUUUGUCACCAUCCCCGGGGCGUGGCCCCCGCCCGAGCCCCCCGAGGAGGCGGCGGCAGCGACAGAAGGUUCUGGAGCGGCGCUGGGACAGGGACCGUGCCCGGAGCUGGCAGGGACCGGCCCUGUCCCCCAGGUCCCUGGGCUCUGUGCCAGGGACCCCCAGAGCCACCAGCUGGGGGACACCAACGGGGAGCCCCAGGACGGCCCUGGGGGUGACAGUGAUGGUGACAAUGACCUUGAGUUCAGCACGGGGACAGUGGGGAGUGCUGACAGCCACAGCGAGCUGGGCUCUGCAGCCACCAGCCUGGGGACAGCAGUGACACCGACCCCCCUGGAUGACACGGACACUGCAGCCAAUGAUGUGGUGGCACCGGUGACACCCAGCCUGAUGGACUCGGUGGACACUGACCUGGUGGCACCAGUGACACCAGCCCCACUGGAUGAGAUGGAUGCUGCAGCCACCAGCCUGGUGACACCCAGCCCGCCUGACGAGCAGGACACUGUGGCCACUGACGUGGUGACACCAGGGACACCAACCCCGCUGGACACUGCAGAUGCUGAUGUGGUGACAGCCAGCCUGAUGGACAGCACAGCCACCAGCCCGGUGACAUCCAGCCCGUCAGAUGCUGCUGCCCCUGAUGUUGUGGCAUUGGUGACAGCCAGCCCCCCAGAUGAGCUGGACACCACGGCCACCAGCCUGGUGACACCAGUGACACCCAGCCCAUCAGAUGAGCCAGAGGACACCAUGGCCACCAGCCUGGUGACACCAGUGACACCAAGCCCAUCAGAUGAGCCAGAGGACACCAUGGCCACAGACCUGGUGACACCAACACCACUGGUGACACCCAGCCCCCCAGAUGAGCCUGACACCAUGGCCACCAGCCUGGUGGCACCUAGCCCACCAGAUGAGCUGGAUAUCACGGCCACUGACCUGGUGACAGCAGUGACACCCAGCCAGCUGGAUGAGAUGGAAGUUGUGGACACUGUCCUGGUGACACCAGUGACAUCCACCCUGAGGGAUGCUGUGGCCACUGACUUGGUGACAUCAAUGACACCCACCCCGAUGGCCACUGCAGCCACCAGCCUGGUGACAUCAGUGACACUGCCCCCCCUGGAUGGGAGUAGCACUGUGGCUGCUGACCUGGUGACAUUGGUGACACCUGCCCCGAUGGACACCACAGAGGCUGCCCCAGUGACCCCGAGCGUGAUGGACUCCAUGGACACCAGACUGGUGACAUUGGUGACACUGACCCCCCAGGAUGAGACAGCCACCGUGACCACUGAGACGGCCACCGUGGCUGCUGCUGAAGUGACCCCCAGCCCGAUGGACGCCGUGGCCACGGCUGAAGUGACCCCCAGCCCGAUGGACGCCGUGGCCAUGGCUGAAGUGACCCCCAGCCCGAUGGACGCCGUGGCUGCUGCUGAAGUGACCCCCAGCCCGAUGGACGCCGUGGCCACGGCUGAAGUGACCCCCAGCCCGAUGGACGCCGUGGCCAUGGCUGAAGUGACCCCCAGCCCGAUGGAUGCCGUGGCCACGGCUGAAGUGACCCCCAGCCCCCUGGCCGCUGUCCCUGCCUCGUGUCCCCCUGCCCGGGCCGUGUCCCCCGUGGUGCUGGCAGCCGGGGUGGCCCCAUCCCUCGAGUCCCCAGCUGUCUCCCCGUGUCCCCUGGCACAGGUGACGCUGUCACAGCCCCCUGGCGAUGUCCCUGAGGAGCGGGGGGACGCGGCCACCGCCUCGGCCGAGGAUUUGUCCCCGGAGCUGCCGGACACGACGUCCCGCACCGACUCCGGCUUUGUCACCGUGCCCGCCCUCGAGGGGGGAGAGGCCGCCCCGAGCCCCGGCGGGCCCCGCGGGGAGCCCGAGGAAGAGGAGAAGGAGGAAGAGAAAGAAGAGGAUGGGCAUGUGGCCCCCACGCCCCCCUCGCCGCAGUUCACGGCCUCGGAGCGGGAGGUGUUUGUGGGGACCCCCCCGGCCCCCCCCGAACUGCUGCCACCACCCGGUGCCUUUUCGGGGCGCGGGGCCGGGCCGGGUGUCACCGCCCCGCUCCGGGGGGCCCCGGGGGUGCUGCCCCCCGCCCCAGAGGAGCCCCCCACCCCCCGGCCGGGCCCUGAGCCCCCCGGCCACGCUGCAGGGGACACCGAUGCCAAAGUCCCCCCGAGUCCCCCCGCGGCCCCCCCCGAGCAGCAGGAGGAAGAGGAGGCCGUGGGGGGGGUCGCUCCCAUACCCUUGCUCGCUGCGGGGGCUCAGCCGGGGCCCCCUCCUGAGCCCCCCCGCCCUGCCCCCCCCAAACUCAGCCAAGUGCCUCCUCCCGCCGCCCCGAGCCCCCCCAGGCCCCCCCGCGGCCAGGAGCCCCCCCCGGGACUGCCCCUCUCCAGGAAGCACCUCGAAGCCCCCCAGGCCUCCCUGCUGAAGGAGCCGGAGCCCCGGGGCCGGGCGGGGGGCCCGGGGGCUGGGGGGGGCCGGGCGCCCCCCCGGGGGUCUCUGCAGUCGGAGUCGAGCUCGUCCAGCGAGGCUGAGGUCCCCCAGCCCCCCCCGGCCCCCCAGCGCUGCCAGCCCAACCACCGAGGUGCAGGGUCCGGGAACGAGUCCGAGAGCAACGACGAGUCCAUCCCGGAGCUGGAGGAGCCCGAGGGCUCGGAGCUGCCCCCUGCGCAGCCCCAGGUGCCCCUCGGUCACGGCCUGGGCCCCGGGGAGGAGCCGCUCAGCAAAGCCAAGCAGAGCCGCAGCGAGAAGAAGGCCCGCAAGGCCAUGUCCAAGCUGGGGCUGCGGCAGAUCCACGGCGUCACCCGCAUCACCAUCCGCAAGUCCAAGAACAUCCUGUUCGUCAUCUCCAAACCCGACGUCUUCAAGAGCCCCGCCUCCGACAUCUACAUCGUCUUUGGGGAGGCCAAGAUCGAGGACCUGUCCCAGCAAGUGCACAAGGCAGCGGCUGAGAAGUUCAAGGUGCCCCUGGAGCACUCGGCGCUCGUGACCGACGCUGCUCCUGCCCUGGCCAUCAAGGAGGAGAGCGAGGAGGAGGAGGAGGUGGAUGAGACAGGGCUGGAGGUGAGGGACAUCGAGCUGGUGAUGGCCCAGGCCAACGUGUCCCGGCCCAAGGCCGUGAGGGCCCUGCGGCACAACAACAACGACAUCGUCAACGCCAUCAUGGAACUGACCAUGUAGCAGCCGGGGCUGUCCUGGCCCCUGUAUAGAUGCACAGAGCCCCCAGACCCUUCCUCCUGCCCCCCACCCUCCUCCUGGCCCUGGACUGCUCAAUAAAGGCCUCCUGCACCCCUUGGAUCGCA